UUUCUGUUGAAUGUGUAUCUUGAACAUUUAAUGAUUACUUUGUAUUCUAUCACAUGGAUGUUCCAAACUAUGUUUAACCAGUGGUUUUGUUAGACUCAGAGUGCUGAACGCUGCCUGAGCAAUUCCAUCUGUUAAUAUAUCCUCUCCAGCUUUCAUGCCUUGCCCACUUCACCCAGUCCUGAGUUCACAGAGAGGUUCUGAUUUGGAUGAUUGACCCCUUUUCAGCCUUGAAAGGUGGAACUGGCAGGGAGGAGGAUCUGCUUAGAGCAGGAUCGGGGCCAAGGGGAGAAGCCUGAGGAAGAUUGAUCAAUUUUGUAAUUUCUAAAAACAUGGUCCACGGAUCAGUGACGUUCAGGGACGUGGCCAUCGACUUCUCUCAGGAGGAGUGGGAGUGCCUGGACCCCGCUCAGAGGAACUUAUACAGGGAUGUGAUGUUGGAGAACUACAGUAACUUGGUCUCACUGGCAGAAAAUUUCAUUUCUAAGCCAGAUGUGAUUACCUUACUAGAGCAAGAGCAAGAGCCCUGGAUGGUUGUGAGGAAAGAAACAAACAGAUGGUGCCCAGAUUGGGAGUCAAAUUAUGGAACUGAGAAAAUAUCUCCAGAAAAUGAUAUUUCAGAAAUAAAUUUAUCCAAACAGGGUAUAAAACAAAUAAGUAAAACUCUUGGCCUUGAGGCCUCCCAUUUUAUAAUUGACUCAAAAUAUAGCAGUAGAUUUGAGGGACUACAGGGACAUCAAGAAGGAUAUACCAAUCCAAGGAUAAUCAGCUAUGAAAAAAUGCUUACUUUUACUCCUCAUACUUCUGUUACUCACGAUACAGAUAAACCAUAUGAAUGUAAGCAAUGUGGGAAAUACUUUAGUCGUGGUUCAAAUCUUAUUCAACACCAGAGUAUUCAUACUGGAGAGAAACCGUAUGAAUGUAAGAAAUGUGGGAAGGCCUUUAGACUUCACAUACAACUUAUUAGACAUCAGAAAUUUCACAUUGGUGAGAAACAUUUUGAAUGUACAGAAUGUGGAAAGGCCUUUAGUCUUCCUACCCAGCUUAAUCGCCAUAAGAACAUUCAUACUGGUGAGAAACCAUUUAAAUGUAAGGAAUGUGGGAAGUCCUUUAAUCGUAGCUCAAACCUUAUUCAACAUCAGAGUAUUCAUGCUGGUGUGAAGCCAUAUGAAUGUAAGGAGUGUGGGAAAGGUUUUAAUCGUGGUUCAAACCUGAUUCAGCAUCAGAAAAUUCAUUCCAAUGAGAAACCCUUUGUAUGUAAGGAAUGUGGGAUGGCCUUUAGGUAUCAUUACCAACUUAUUGAACAUUGCCAAACUCAUACAGGUGAGAAACCCUUUGAAUGUAAAGAAUGUGGAAAGGGCUUUACUCUUCUUACAAAGCUUCUUCGGCAUGAGAAGAUUCAUACUGGUGAGAAACCCUUUGAAUGUAAGGAAUGUGGAAAGGCCUUUAGUCUUCUCAACCAGCUUAAUCGCCAUAAGAACAUUCAUACUGGUGAGAAACCCUAUGAAUGUAAGGAGUGUGGGAAGUCCUUUAAUCGUAGCUCAAACCUUAUUCAGCAUCAGAGUAUUCAUGCUGGUGUGAAGCCAUAUGAAUGUAAGGAGUGUGGGAAAGGCUUUAAUCGUGGUGCAAACCUUAUUCAGCAUCAGAAAAUUCAUUCCAAUGAGAAACCCUUUGUAUGUAAGGAAUGUGGGAUGGCCUUUAGAUAUCAUUACCAACUUAUUGAACAUUGCCGAAUUCAUACUGGUGAGAAACCCUUUGAAUGUAAAGAAUGUGGAAAGGACUUUAGUCUUCUGACACAGCUUGUUCGACAUCAAAAUAUCCAUACAGGUGAGAAACUAUUUGAAUGUAAGGAAUGUGGGAAGGCCUUCAAUCGUGGCUCAAAUCUUAUUCAACAUCAGAGUAUUCAUACUGGUGAGAAACCCUAUGAAUGUAAGGAAUGUGGGAAGUCUUUUAGACUUCAUCUACAACUUUCUCAACAUCAAAAAACCCAUACUGGUGAGAAACCUUUUGAAUGUAAGGAAUGUGGGAAAUUCUUUCGUCGUUGUUCAAAUCUUAAUCAGCAUCGAAGUAUUCAUACUGGAAAGAAACCCUUUGAAUGUAAGGACUGUGGGAAGGCCUUUCGACUUCAUGUGCAACUUAUUCGACAUCAGAAAUUUCAUGUUAGUGAGAAACCUUUUGAAUGUAUGGAAUGUGGAAAGGCCUUUAGUCUUCUCAACCAGCUUAAUCGCCAUAAGAACAUUCAUACUGGUGAGAAACCAUUUGAAUGUAAGGAAUGUGGGAAGUCCUUUAAUCGUAGCUCAAACCUUAUUCAGCAUCAGAGUAUUCAUGCUGGUGUGAAGCCAUAUGAAUGUAAGGAGUGUGGGAAAGGCUUUAAUCGUUGUUCAAACCUUAUUCAGCAUCAGAAAAUUCAUUCCAAUGAGAAACCCUUUGUGUGUAAGGAAUGUAAGAAGGCCUUUAGAUAUCAUUACCAACUUACUGAACAUUGCCGGAUUCACACUGAUGAGAAACCCUUUGAAUGUAAAGAAUGUGGAGAGGCCUUUAGUCUUCUGACACAGCUUACUCAACAUCAGAAGGUGCAUACUGGUGAGAAACCCUUUGAAUGUAAGGAACAUGGAAAGGCCUUCAACUGUGGCCCAAACUUUGUUCAGCAUCAGAGUAUUCAUACUGGUGAGAAACCCUGUGAAUGUAAGGAAUGUGAAAAGGCUUUUAGACUUCACCUGCAACUUUCUCAACAUCAAAAAACUCAUCCAGGCGAGAAAACCUUUGAAUGUGAACAAUGUGGGAUAUCCAUGAGACAUCAGUACCAACUUAUUGAAAAUCAGCAUAUUCAUAUUGGGGUGAAACUGUAUGAAUGUAAGGAGUGUGGAAAGGGCUUUAGUUGUGGUACUGACCUUAGAGUACAUCAGAGAAUCCACACUGGUGAGAAACCCUUUGAAUGUAAGGAAUGUGAGAAGACCUUUCAACAUCAUUACCAAUUUCUUGGACAUCACAGAAUUCAUACCAGUGAGAACUCCUAUGAAUGUAAAGAAUGUGGGAGAUGCUUUAUUCGUGGUAGAGACCUUAGAGCACAUCAGAGAAUUCAUACUGGUGAGAAACCAUAUCAAUGUAAAGGAUGCAGGAAGGCAUUUAGUUGUAGCUCAAACCUUAUUCAACAUGUUAAAAUUCAUACUGGUGAAAAACCCCAUGAAUAUAAGGAAUGUGAAAAGGCCUUUAGCAGUAAUUAUGAACUUGCUGUAUAUCAGAGACUACAUACUGGUGAGAAACCCUAUGAAUGUAAAGAAUGUAGGAAAAAUUUUAGACUUAGUUCAGUUUUUGCUGCACAUCAGAGAAUUCAUACUGGUAUGAAACCCUAUAAAUGUAAAGAAUGUGGAAAGAUCUUUAGUUGUAGCUCAAACCUUGUUCAACAUGAGAGAAUUCAUACCAAUGAGAAACCCUAUGAAUGUAAGGAAUGUGGGAAGGCCUUUAGACUUAGUUCAGCCCUUUAUGCACAUCAGAGAAUUCAUACUGGUGUGAAACCCUAUGAAUGUAAGGAAUGUGGGAAAGCUUUUAGACUUAGUUCACUGUUUAUUGCCCAUCAGAGUAUUCAUACAGCUCUGAAACCCUAUGAAUGUACAGAAUGUGGGAAAGCCUUUACUGUGAAUGGUCAGCUUACUCUAUAUCAGAAAAUUGAUAAUUGUCAGAAGUUUUAUGAGUGUAAGGAGUGUGGACAGGCCUUCACUGUGUAUGAAAAAUUUAUUCAACACCAGAAAAUUCAUAUUGGUGAGAAAUCCUAUGACUGUAAAAGAAUGUGGGAAGAACUUUCAUCAUGGUCUCGGAUUUGCUCAACAGAGUAUUCAUACUGGUGAGAAACCCUUUGAGUAUAAGAAAUGUGGGACGUUUUAUAGUCACAGUUACACUAAACACCUUAGAGUUCAGAGAAGACAUUCUGGUGACAAAGUCUUCGAAUAUGAGGAAUAUAGGGUAGCUGUCAUCUUCGCAAUUUAUUCGCCAUGAAAUAUUUUACUAGAUGCUGGUAUACCUUGAUUAAUUGCACAUUGCAGAGACUGCAUUUUAUACAAAUUGAAGGUUUGUAGCAAUCCUGCAGCAAACAAGUUUAUCAGCAUUGUUUUUACAACAGCAUGUGGCCUCUUCAUAUCUCUAUGUCACAUUUUGGUAAUUCUCAAAAUAUUUCAACUUUGUCAUUAUUACAUCUAUUAUGGUGAUCUCUGAUCAGUAAUCUUUGGUGGUACUAUUGUAAUCGUUUGGGGCACCACAAACCAUGCCCAUAAAAGACAAUGAACUUAACAAACAUUGUGUAUGUUGAAAGAAUAGUAAAAUAUACACCCAUGUACCCCACCUAGAUUCAAAAUAGUUAACAAUUUGCUGUUUGUUUUAUUUUUGUUGUACCAUUGAGAAUAAGUUUUAGACAUUGCCACUUUACCCUUUAUUACAUGAGUAUAUUUCUCAUAAAGAAAUAAAGACAAUAUCAUAUAUAGUUACAGUACCGUAAUUACCCAUAAGGAAAUUACUCAUAAUUGUAUAAUAUAUAUUACAUAUUCAGAUUUCUUGAUUUGCCCUUAAAAACUCCUUAACAGCUAUUUACUUUCUAAGGAGAACCCAUUUCAGAUUCUACAUUACAUUUGGUUAUCUCUUUAGUGUCUUGUAGUCUGGAACAAAUUUUUGUGGGUAUCAGAAUGACUUGUAGAACUUGGUAAAAAUACAGAAGUCCAGGCCCUAGCCUAUGAGCCUCAGCCUCUAUGUUUUUUAUUAGUUUUCCAGGUGAUUCUGAUAUCAUUUAUAUUUAGGGAACCACUGGUCUAAAACAUUUCUCUUCAUCUUUUUUUUAUGACAUUGACUUUUCAAUAGCCCAGGAAAGUUGUCUUCCAUGUGUUUAGAUUUCUUUGUUUAUAGUGCCACUUAGCCUUGCUCUGUUGUAUUUUCUGCACAAUGGAAGUUAAGUCUAGAGACUCUGUUAGUCCAGAUUAAACAUUUUGGGGAAAGAAACUUUGUAGAUUUUUUGUAUGUCAUAUUGCAAUGGCAGCAAAGAUUUAAGUACAGGUCCCCACAUUAGUGAAACUAAGUUCAAUCAUUUGGGUAACAUGAUGGGUGCUGUAUCUCCAUUGUAAAGAUCUAGCUUGUAGUGGGUAAAUAAUCUGUGUGGAGAGACUUUGUUACCUCUCUGGAAAUUCAUAAUCAUGUGUAUUUAAGCCCUGGAUCAAAUAGAAAAUAAAAAUUAAAUAGACUAUCCAGAAAUGAAUGACAUUAUGGUGUCAACAUAAUUCAACUUGUGUGAUGUAGCUGAAGCUGUACACACUGCAAAAUUAGUACCUUUCUGUAUAUGUAGGAAGCCAAAAUUGUUUUGACUGGAAACUUGUUUUGUUUUUGUUCAGCGUUUUAUGUAUCUCUGGCACAUUAACUGUUGGUAAAUUUUGAAAAAAAAUUUAACCCUUCAAAUCAAGCUAUACAACAAACAGAAUAAACUCUAAGCCAAUAUAAGGAAUUAGCAAAAAGUGAAUAUUAAUAGAAAACAAAUAGAUUUCAUCAAUUUUUUUAUAAAUUAGAUUUUGGUAUUUCUGAUUAAGGAAAAAUAAAUAUGACACCAUUGUGGCAUCACGAACUAGAGAGUACAAGAGAUUAGAUUUUUUUUAAGAUUAAGAAUAAUUGUGUGUGAUUUUAUUUCAGUGUAUUUAAAAAUCGAUAGAGUGAUAGUUUAUAUUGAUAGAUUUCUUCCAUUCCUGAAUAUACCCUGGUCAGAGCAUUAUUCUUCUGAAUCAAUGCUUAACUCUAUUUCUUAACAUUUCAUUGCAUCUGUAAUCAUAAGGAAAGUUACAAUUUUCUAAGAAUUUUUCAGGUUUUGAUAUUGCAGCGAUCUUAUAAAACAAGAUUAUAUAAAACUUGGCUU